UGAUACCUUUAUUUAAAAAUUGAAAUCUAUUUUUAACAUAUACUUGGAAAAAAGGCUUUCGUUUAACGCAUUAUUUACAUUAAAAUCAUUUCUCUGCGUCAUUUAAUUUGGUUUGAUUAAUUUUUUUCAUUUAAUUGCGGAAUAUCUGAAAUGAGCAUAAAAGUUUCAAAUUUAGAAUAUUUUUAUACUUUUAUUUUAGUAUAUGUCAUCGAGUUAACUUCAAUUUUGAACGUUGACAUUUUUCAAACAACCUAGCUGCACAUUGGAUUAUCCAUGUGGCUUUUCAUUAUAACUGCUUAGACUGCGGUCUGCGGACUGCGACCCAUGAAAAUUGAAUGACUAAAUAGCAGACGAUAUUUAUUGAAACAUCUGUCAAGCAGACAACUACUCCAUUCAUAAAAUCACAAACAAUAUGUUUAUAGGCUUUCGAUAAAGAUCGCUGCUCGCAAUUUUAUUACAGAAUAUUCAGCUGAAUUGGAAAUUCAAUUAUGGCUUCAUCAAACGAAGAAGAUGAUUUUUGGUACAGCACCGAAAAACGUUCAUUUAGUUUUGAGACAACAGAGUCAGAUAAUCUAUUUGGAGUAUCAAAAAGUGGUACAGCGCAACUCAGAGCUGGAAUUUCCAAUAUUCAAGUUACGGAUAAUGUUACAACCUAUUAUGAACCACAGCAAUCUGUCAAACCUUUACUAUCAAUUAUUUCUGACAAAGCGUUAGCUAAAAUUUUAGAAGCUGAUAAAAUACAAUUUAAACCAGAUGAAUCAUAUACAAUUCAACCAGAAACUACUCUGAGAAAGAUAUUAAUAGGUGAAUCAUAUUCUUUAGAAUCAUAUAAAUCAUAUGCUAGUAAAAUAGCUUUACUCGAUACUGCUAUAAAAACUGGUAAUGGAGAUGCAAUUCUAGGGAUAACACUUUUCAUCAAAAAUACAUUAAAAAAAAGCUUAGUACAAAAAUUGUUAACUGAAAGACCAGAAGCAUUAAAUGCCUACAUACAGUAUUUAUCAACAAGAAUGUGUACAAAUGAAAUUUGCGAUCUCUUGACAGCUCAAGGGAAGACAUCAGAUGCAGCAAUAAAAUGUCUAAAUAUUAUCAUUAAAAAUACUAGUAAAGAAGCUAAUAUAGAUACACUCUUGUCCAAAAUUUUGAAAAAUUAUAGUAUGCUCUUUUCAAAUUUAUUAGACUGCAGAGAAACUAACUUUGUUCGAUCAUAUGUGAAGUUACUAGAGUGGCAAAAAAAUUCCCAAAAUAAAUUUAGUGAACCAUUAAAAAGCAAUGCUUCAACCUUGGAAUGUUUAAGAAUAACUUGUAAGGAUUGUUGGGGUGCUCCAGAAACUAACAGUCUAUCUCCUCUAUCAUUGGUGGCAACUCAAGAAAUAUUAUCUCGUCAAUAUCAAAAAGUUGCCAUAAUAACAAGAGCAUCUUUACAAGCUUGGGAUGACAUUGAUGGCUUACUUCAUAAAAAGGGGUGGCUUGGAGGCAAAAAACUACAGUCAAGCUUACCUAUUGAAGAAGUAUUAAAAUUAUUGCAAGAACAACAAGCACCAUCUGGUAUAAUAGAAAAAUUUUUAAAUUAUGUAGAAAGCAAUAAAAGACUUCAGGUUGCAAAGAGUCUUAACUGUUAUAAAGGAGUUAUAAAUAUACUUGGUACCCAAGGUGAUAGAACAGCAUUAGUGGAGUACAAAGCUAGUCUCAAACCUAAUUCAGAAGAAUACUUUUUUGCAGAAAGUAUUCUUUGUAGUACAUCGAUCAAAUGGCGGAAUUAAUUUUUUUUUUUAGCUAUUUCAUGACAUAAGAAA